AUGGUAAACAAGAGACUUAAAGCUGACCUGAAGUUCCCAGUAGUUUAUGCUGGAUACACAUCUCAACACCCAGUUCCAACAGUACGUAACAUAAGAAUCAGUGCUGCAGCCAGGUCUUGUGUUUCGAACAUUGGGAAAGAACCCCUUUUCACUCUUGGAGUUGGGACAAGCAUGCCCACAGUCAGUGGAGGACCUGUGCAGGUCCAAGGAGGUGCACCUACACCUCCAGUCGCCGGAAAAGUCCAUUACCACAGCUGGAAUUGCACAUCUGCUUCAGAAAUGAGAUGCACAGAACCUGUGGCCAACAGAGAGAGGCCACUUGCCAAUACAGACCCCUUUUUGAGUCUAAGAAAGGGCAUUGAUGGAAAUUUGAGGCUUGUGGAUGGAAAACAGAACACUGUCUGGUCAACCAGUGUCACCACCUCAUUGAAUAAUUUGGAAGCAGUGCUUCUAGACACCGGAAACUUCAUUUUGAGAGAUCAUAUAUCUGGAGGAAUCUUUUGGGAAAGCUUUGAUUAUCCCUGUGAUACUUUCUUACCUGAAAUGAUGCUAGGAUUGAACACCAAAACUGGAGAGAGACGCUUCUUGGAUUCGUGGAAAUCUGCAAAUGAUCCAUCAUCCGGAACAUUUGUAAUUGGAGUUACUGCUGAGUUGCCACACAAGUUUUUCUUUGGAAUGGGUCAAAUCCAUACUGGAGAAGUGGCCAAUGAAAUGGAUUGA